AACCCAUACCCAUUUAUUGCUCAUCAUUUCUCUCUCUCUCUCUCUCAAAAGAUUACAAAAGCAAAAGUCGCACCAAAAAUGCAAUUACUCUGCAGAUCACUCCUCCCUACUGCCAUGUCUGCACUCCCUUCUGCUCAAGAAAAAUUGUGAGGGGAAAUGUCAGGAAGAAGUGGUCAAAAUUGGAAAAUAGAUAAGUCAACCAACUUAGAAAAUAUGCCUAUCCAGGAUAGUGUUUGGAAGAGCAGGCAAGAAGGACAGUAUGCGUAUGGCCAGGUAUGAGGCAAAUCUGCCUUAGGAAAAACCUUAUGUACGGGUUUAUGCAGUUGUUUUCAUUUCCGUUUAAAACCUUGCGAGGAGUCAGUCGAUCUCUUGGUGUUUCUCGUUUGUGUAGCAUUUCAAACAUGUCUUCAUCAUUGCAAAUUGAAUUGGUACCAUGUCUCCAGGACAAUUAUGCAUAUCUUUUGCACGAUUUAGAUACCGGCACUGUUGGAGUGGUUGAUCCGUCUGAAUCUCUACCAAUAGUAGAUGCUUUGAGCAGAAAUAAUCGAAAUCUCAACUACAUUUUAAACACACACCAUCAUUAUGAUCACACUGGCGGGAAUGUGGAUUUGAAAUCAAGGUACGGGGCUAAGGUAAUUGGAUCAAAUAUAGACAGAGAGAGAAUUCCCGGCAUUGAUAUCAGCUUGAAUGACGGUGAUACCUGGAUGUUUGCAGGACACGAGGUGCAUGUUAUCGCAACCCCGGGCCACACUAAAGGCCAUAUUAGCUUCUAUUUUCCAGCCUCGGGGGCUAUUUUCACUGGAGACACUUUAUUCAGCUUGUCAUGUGGCAAACUAUUUGAAGGAACACCUGAACAGAUGCAUCUGUCCCUUGAAAAGUUAAUGUUGUUGCCAGAAGACACAAAUAUAUACUGCGGGCAUGAAUAUACAUUGAGUAAUUCGAAGUUUGCACUAUCUAUUGAGCCUGGUAAUGAAGAACUAGAGUCAUAUGCAGCCAAUGUAGCUAAUCUCCGUAAAAAGAACUUGCCCACGAUUCCAACCACUUUAAAGAGGGAGAAAUUAUGCAAUCCUUUUCUGCGUACGUCAAGCGAAGAAAUACGGUGCGCGUUGAAUAUUCCAGCCAAUGCAAGUGACGCAGAAGCGUUAGGUGUGAUCCGACAGGCGAAGGAUAAUUUCUAAAUAAUUCCCAUAAUACCCUUUUCUCCUGUCCUGCACAUAAGAAAUUAGAUCUAGUAGCAUUUUGGAAGACUGUGUUAGCAACUAUGCAUAGUGUUGGGUUUUAUACAGCUAAGAAUGAAGCAUUACUUGUUAUUGUUUUCAA